AACCUCGUGCGGAGCGCACGCCAUCUCGCGUCACAACUGAGUGCCGGAAAAAAAAACAGUUGAAUUUUUUUAUUUAGAAAAAACCGUGCUGUGUUUAAGAAAUUUGUAAGAGAACAUUGGAUUUUUAUAUCUGUCCAUGUUUCUACACCAAUAGCAGAGAACAGUGCGGCGUGCUUCUUCUUCCUACUAGAUCUCAUGAUGAGGUGUCUGUGAUCGCAUACUACAUCGGGCGGGUGCUACGCCUUCGAUCACCAUGACGUCCGAGCGGGCCAUCCCCCAUCUGAGGGACAUCUUCGGACUAAACCAGCAGUACGACGGCAAGACCUUCGACGAUAAUGAUGACAAAACCAAGAAGUCCAGGAAAAAGAAGGAAGACUAUCGUACGUACCCCAACGGAGACGUGAAAACGUUGGAGCGACACCUCAGUAUGAAGAAGACUAUCAGGAAAAAGAUCAUGCGUGACCUUCAGCAGGCGUUCGUUGAAGACCCUAACGAGUUUAAGGUCGAGAAUACGAGCCCUGAGAAACUGAAGGCUGAGUUGAGCGCUGAAGCUGUGAAAAUCGAGAAAAAUGUUCGUAAGAACGAUCCGACGUUCCUAGACAUCCUGCGAGGAGAGACGCGGGGCGAGGAGGCGAGGGAGGAGCAGCCACCCGCCGAGAAGACCAGCUUCUGGCGGCGGCUCACCAUGAAGAACAAGAACAAGAGAUAAGACGCGAGCCGAGCCCGCGCCUCGCUCCGUACCGACUCGCGACUGACCUGACCCGGUAGCAAUUACUAUUUAUUGUAAACUUUUUGAUCACUGUAUUGAGCGUAACGAACAUUUUUGAUCAUAUUUACAUAACAUUUUAUAUCUGUAUGCAUAAUAAAUCUAUCGUUGUAUUGCUUAUGAAUCCUUCUAGUUGUUAUAAUAGAGUCAAAUGUUAUAAGCUUACGAGAGAUUUCUGAUAGGCUACGCGCUAAGUUAUUUCUAAGUUUUGGUGGGAACGGAGCGAAGCGUUACAGUAUCCUCGGCUAUUGUUACUUAUUAUAAAAAUUAAUAUCUCGUUCUACAUGUGAUGUAACGUUAAGUCGACUAAGUAAAGUGUAAGUGAACUUAGGCUAAGUAUUACGUAAGCGGCGAUUGUAUAAGGUAGGCUCGUGGCAAUUCCUUGUUGUGACAGUUUUUAAUUAUUGUAAUGCAAUAUAAAUAAUUUUACACAUUUA